GGUCCUGUUCUAUUAACUUAGCCGUCAAUAGAGUCAAAGGGCAGUCUCCAACUGAACACACAUCUUAUGUCCCGUCGCACACAUGUUGGUGUGAUGAGAUCCGCUGCAUGCUUCCAUAACUCAUGGUCUUAUGAAGGUCCAGGCUAUGAAAUGAAGUAAACCCACCACGAACGUAUCACGAUGCAGGCAAGGCGCCCGAAACAUUAUAGGUUAGUACUCCGCCAAAUAGAUCAUAUUUCUAUCCGAGUACCAGCAUCGAUGCUGCGCUCAUCCCUAUUUCUGCAAUGUCUUGUACACCCGCCAGCCUCACAAACAUUCUGCGUAUCACAGCUAUUAUCUUUGUCCAAGUUAUUAUCCUGGGAUUUGGGUACGGAUUCCUCACUGCUGUUUUAUAUUAUGGUUGCUUUGCUCCAUCCGAUGAAGUCAGCCACUUAAUGAGGCGUCACCCCGGAGAUCUGACAAUGGUUGUCACAUUGAUAGCAACUGUGCUUUCCGUCACUAACACUAUUCUUUUCGCCAUUUCAGUCAGAGAGGCACUAAGACAUCGGAUGUCGCUACCCAUCUCUCUCAUUCGUCUAAGUGCUUUUGUCGCUUUGGCCAAGGGCUCUGUUAUUUUGAGACCUGAGUUCAUGCUAUGGACCACCCUGACGCUGUUCGUCUUUGGCGUGCAAAGGCUCUUGACAGCUGGGUGGACAACUCUCUUGACACCUACCUACUUCCUAUGGCCAAUACAGAUGAAUGGAUCCGAACUUGACAUAACCGGAAGCGCGUUUUCCGCCUUGCUCUACGAAGAAUUUCAAAAGCAGGGCCUCACUAACAUGCGGGACAAUUCAUUCGAGGUUCUCGAUAUCGGCGGAAUGCUGAGUGGAGUCGCUGCUGCAGGACAUACCUAUGGUCUUCCUGGGACAUUCAAUUUCAAUGGCGCAAAAUAUCACAUAUCCACUCAGGGAAUCGUUCCCACCAUUGAGGAAUAUUCCGGCUCGGAUGGAGUUCCAAAUGCCACAAACGGUACUCGUCUCUCGUUUUCUGGUGGAAAUGUUACGGUCAACACACAAACCAUACCGGAAAAACACACCAGCCUCUCUAUUCCUCAAGGCUUCAGCAGGAACUACUCGAUGUGGCAGCAGGGGUUAACGGCUACCGUCAGUUGUCAGUCCAUCGACGCGAGUCAAACGCAGUACCUUUGGGAGACGAAUAACUCCAACGUAAUCUACUCAAAUCCGGCUGCUUCUGACUCGAGUAACUCCAUUGCGGGCCUACGCUUAUGGAAUAUCACUACAGACUGUGGUAUCAAUACGCUGACGACGCAGGAAUAUGUGACCAUGGUGGAUGAAAGCGGAAAUGCGAACCCGUCAGGGAGUGGCUUUCUUCCAUCUGUCGUAUGCCCAGGCCCUAUGAAUAUGAAUCAAACUUACACAAGCUUCGCGAUUUUGUCACAAGGAUUUUAUAAGUAUCAAUUCCUUAAUGCAACUGUGUGCGAAGUGGUCCCAUUCUUGACAACAGUCCUCGUCGAUUAUUCCAAUGACCUAAUUUCGUCCGUUGCCACCUCGUUUACCCCUUUCCGGCCAGAGAAUAGCAAUCUGCUGUCAUUCGUCGCUGGAGUUGUCAGGUUUCAGGCGACCAACUCGCAGGGGCUUAUGAGCAGCGCAAUCGGAGAUACUUUGUACUCGAUCUAUUCCUCGACAACCAACACAUCCAUCGACGACAAUCUCGGAAAUCAAAAACAGAUAUAUACAGAGCUUGAGGAGUACUGGCUUGGCGUUGUUGAGUUCUCUGCUACAUUCUUGCGCUCGGGGUUUAUGGUCGUGGGUAGCUUCCCCGAUAAUAUUAUCCCAAACAACCUCUCUUCCCCGGUCAAUGGGACUAUGUACAUAUCAACGAUAGGUUGGACUAACCGAUCCCCGACAUAUCUUCUCGCCAUGCUUCCUAUCACCAUUAUCACCAUUCUCAUUAUCUUCUGCGCCGUGUACAGUCUUGUGCAGUUUUGGAGAGAGAAACACACUGAUCGGCACAGGACCAGCUUUGACGUAUCAAACACUCUUCAUCUCAUUAUGGCAACCGCUGGUGGGACUUUCGCGCUCAGGGGUUUCGACCAGAACGGGAUAAUCUACAACGAACGCGUGAAGGUUAAGCUGGAGGAGCAUAAGGAGGACAAGGGUAUUGAGAAGAAGUUGAUUCAAGUUGAACCCCCGGUGUCGAAAGAGGAGGCUUAGGAGGACAAUGGUAUGGAGAAGAAAUCUAUGGAAACUGACUCCCCUGUUCGAGCACACCGUAUGAUUUUAGGUACCAUAAGUGGUUUCUGU